ACUCCGCUGCGCCGAAGGGAUCGUGGAGAGUUCGACAUGCCUGAGCCGGCCAAGUCCGCACCCGCCCCCAAGAAGGGCUCCAAGAAGGCGGUCACCAAGACCCAGAAGAAGGGCGACAAGAAGCGCAAGAAGAGCCGCAAGGAGAGCUACUCGAUCUACGUGUACAAGGUGCUGAAGCAGGUGCACCCCGACACGGGCAUCUCGUCCAAGGCCAUGGGCAUCAUGAACUCGUUCGUCAACGACAUCUUCGAGCGCAUCGCCGGCGAGGCGUCGCGCCUGGCGCACUACAACAAGCGCUCGACCAUCACGUCGCGGGAGAUCCAGACGGCCGUGCGGCUGCUGCUGCCCGGCGAGCUGGCCAAGCACGCGGUCUCCGAGGGCACCAAGGCGGUCACCAAGUACACCAGCUCCAAGUAGAGCGGUGCGGAUUACUCGAUUUUAACCCAAAGGCUCUUUUCAGAGCCACCAUUUGUUCUAAUAAAAGGGCUGUAUUACUUUUUUUCUUUUUUUCCUGAGGGGUAUAGCGUGGGUUAACUGAGUGAAAUGGAAGCGAGUGCCUGAGGUAUGUAUAUAAUUGCUUAACUUCGCAGUUCGGAGGUCUCCGUUCCGAGUUAAUUGAGCAGUAGCAACUCCCGGAGUUAACUGGGUUGGUCGGUAGCCGUGCUAUUACUGCAGCACGGUACCCACGGCUCCAGCAGGCGCUGUGCUGCUCUCUGCUGUCAGGACUCCGUCGGGAAGGUGAGUGCUUCGUUUUGGUAUUGAUUCUUGUGAUAAAUGUUUUGCUAGGAAUAUUCUUACUCUACAAGUCUAUUCCAAGUAGAAAAUCCGCAUUACUGUGAAGAAGUUCGCGUUACGUACAUCGUAACAGCUCACCCGUAAAGAAUAAUUUUAUUUGUCCCUGUUUCAUUAUAAUAAACGGAUAGAAAGCA